UGAAGUGGUGAUUUAUUGUAUGGAGUCUGCUGAGGAAACAGUGUGUGACUGCUACUGCUGGUCACUUGACACCUGAAGGAGUUCAGUUUGAAGGAAGAAAACAACCAGGAAGUAACAGAGGAGGAAACAAACAGAAUCAAACUCUCUAACAUCUUCUUCUAAAGCUCUAAAGCUUUGAAAUAAGAGCGUUAACUUUAAAGAAGGAGUUGAUCCUGCGGGUUCCGGUCAGAGGUCCUCGUUACCACCGAGAUGGACAUUGAUCCGGAGCGGGGGGGAGUAGCGGCGGCGCCAGAGCCUCAGGACAAGGUGCAGACCCUGAAGGAUCAGGUAGAUGGAGUGAAAGACAUCAUGACGCACAAUGUGGACCGGAUCCUGGCCCGGGGAGAGAGACUGGAUGACCUCAUGGGCAAGUCGGAGGACCUGCAGGCCGGGGCUCAGCACUUCAAGCAGACGUCUCAGAAAGUGGCUCGUACCUUCUGGUGGAAGAACGUCAAGCUGGUCGUGCUCAUCGUGGUGGUCGUCCUCAUCAUCGUCCUCAUCAUCAUCCUGCUGGCCACCGGCGUCAUCCCUGUCGGCUCCUCCCCGGUGCCUCCUAUAGUCCCCAUCACCACCCCCAAGCCAAAGUAAUAGAUAGAUAUAUAUAUAUAUAGACUCAAUCAAAUAGCUGCUGUCUGGUGAAGACUUCACUACUCCUGACUUAGUUUCUACUGAUAGCUUUCAUUGUAUCACAUAUCUAUUUAUCUAUUUAAGGAGCUGAAACUGAACAAACCUUUAAAAAAUCCUUCCAGACAUUUGAUCAAUUAGUGAGAAUUAAAACAGAAGUGAGUGGAAGGUGUGACGUCUUCACCCGACAGCAGCAGAAACCCUGAAACCCUGUCCCUGUCCUUGUCCUCAGAGGACGCCUCCUACCAGCUCCUCUUUGUUUAACCGUUUCCCCUCCAGUGGUUCUUCCAUCCUGUCACUUUACCGUGUGUCCAGCCUCUCAGUAGACGUGAGGUCUGUCCUGAAUGUUAGCACUGAUGUGCACCUUGACAACAGGUAGUUUGUGUGGUCUAAAAGAUGAGAGAUGCACUUCCUAAAGCAACCAGGCACUGUGUUGUUUCUGCUGACGUUGACAUUAAAUGUGGACCAUUUGAAGGUCCCACUGUGUUUAAUGAAAGGCUCUGUGGUGGUGUGGUGGAUAUGUAUUAUGGUGUGUUACCGUUCAAAGUGCUUCCUGUUUCUUUAUAGUCAGACCAUCUAGAAGAAGUGAUCAUCUGCAGAUGGUCUUUUUAAAUCUAUUCUAACUCUAGUCAUAUUAAACACCCCACUGUGUCUAACUCUAGUCAUAUUAAACACCCCACUGUGUUUAACUCUAGUCAUAUUAAACACCCACUGCGUUUAACUCUAGUCAUAUUAAACACCCCACUGUGUCUAACUCUAGUCAUAUUAAACACCCCACUGUGUUUAACUCUAGUCAUAUUAAACACCCCACUGUGUUUAACUCUAGUCAUAUUAAACACCCCACUGUGUCUAACUCUAGUCAUAUUAAACACCCCACUGUGUUUAACUCUAGUCAUAUUAAACACCCCACUGUGUCUAACUCUAGUCAUAUUAAACACCCCACUGUGUCUAACUCUAGUCAUAUUAAACACCCCACUGUGUUUAACUCUAGUCAUAUUAAACACCCCACUGUGUUUAACUCUAGUCAUAUUAAACACCCCACUGUGUCUAACUCUAGUCAUAUUAAACACCCCACUGUGUUUAACUCUAGUCAUAUUAAACACCCCACUGUGUCUAACUCUAGUCAUAUUAAACACCCCACUGUGUCUAACUUCUAGUCAUAUUAAACACCCACUGUGUCUAACUCUAGUCAUAUUAAACACCCACUGUGUUUAACUGUCACUGCCAGCCAACCAGCUGAGAGACAUCAGUUACAGUCACAGCCCCUCCAUGGCGCCCCCCCCCCCCCCCCCCCCCCCCCCCCCCCCCCCCCGCUGGCUCCAUGUCCACCAGUAACCCCCCCC